AACUGAUAGAAAUGCUAUUGUCGUAACCUUGGAAACCUCUGGAUCAUAGAUGGAAGUACAGAUUCAACUGAAACAAUAAUCAAGUACCUUAAUGACAAUUUUAAACGUUUAAAUAUUAUAAUACACGCAACUGUAAGUGAAUGCUAACAAAGAAAAUGAUAUAAUUUGUCACGGCUACAUGAAUUCUUAAACAAGGUCGGUAACAGGAACUUUGUACAGAAACAACCUUCCAACCUAACAGUCACCACGUUCUCAAUAAUCCCUCUGUAAUCCGAGAGUCUUCCUCCAGCACGUGACGGUGACUUGCAACACCUGUGAUAAAAUGUACACUAGUCUACCUCGAACCAAAGUUUUCAAGCGACAGUGAGGUUCGAAACAUCGACGUUACCUUCAUACGUCAUCUUUCGGCAUUUUCUUAGUGCCACAACUUGUUAGCAGCUUAAGUCACGUGAGUUCUCCAGUGUACUUGGCGAAUAGGAAAACGUAAGCUAGGAACUCGGCUUGCGGUUGUUGUGAUCGGAAGAGUGGGCUUCACCCCUUUGACGUUUGAGUUUCAUUUUGUGACCGUGGGACCUUUGCGCGGCGUAUCUCUAAAGGGAGUAUUCUCGUGGAAAAACUUGUUAGACAAGAUGGACAAAGAAGGCAGACCGGUGGCUAAUUCAACUGAGCCAAUGUUUCCGAGCAGAAUCUUUGCACGUGAAAAGGUGAAAAAUUUUUACAUGUAUGAUGACAGUGGACUCUGCAUCACAAUAUGAAAAAUCCUCGAAUCCAAAGAGCCAGUAACUCGUAGAGAUAACAAAGAAAGACGUUUUUCGUACUAAAAAACGCCAACUAUAUAUUUAAAGUUUUAUAUGCUUACAAGCAUUGGAACUUAGGAGAUUUUCCUGUCUUUGAUAAGUUUCGUAUUUAAAGCAUAACUUUGGAAAUAAUACUAAUUGUCCACAACUGAACUGAGAUUUUUUUAGUAUUGUUACUGAACACGGUGAGUACAGCGUAUUUACUGACAAGAAAGUAAAAAUUUUGGAAGACUAUUACUCUCCUAUUGAGGUAGAGAACAAGAUGUCACCAGUUAUCAGGCAUUCACCAGCAAGCUCUCGACCAUUCCCAACCUUCUCCAAUCCUGAAUCCAAGUCAUCAAGCUACAGGAAACUGAAAUGUAUGGCCAAAGCUCUGUAUGACAAUAUCGCUGAGAGUCCAGAUGAAUUGGCCUUCCGGAAGGGUGACAUUCUAACUGUUUUGGAACAGAAUACACAAGGCUUGGAAGGAUGGUGGUUGUGUUCCCUCCGUGGAAGACAAGGUCUAGUUCCAGGGAAUCGGGUCCACUUGAUGCCGAGUGUACGUCCGGAAAACACUUCAGUCGAUCAAGUGGACGGAGCAGACAAUUUCCCCUAUACGGAGUCCACACAAGGCUUACGACGUAGCUGGCACGCGGAUUCUAAGAAGGUAGCGACAGUGUCGUAUGACGUACCAGAAAAUGUGAAAGCUUCUCAGGACUAUGAUGUUCCGCGGUGUUUAAAUUGCAGUGAGAGUAAAAAACGUCAAAUUUAUUACGACCUCUUGGACUCACUCGGCGAUUACGAUAUUCCUCCAAAUAUAGGGAUUCCAGACGCUUUGACAACUCCCAAGGGAGUAUGUAAACACGAUUCAACAGCAAGUAGUGAUUCAGACGUCUAUGACAUCCCUCGUAAUGCAACAAAUCUUUAUGAUGUUCCAAAUGUCAUCCAUUAUGACGUUCCAGAUGGGUUAAUGCAAUCUGCCAAAUCUCUGUUAAAAGACAAGAACGACGAUUAUGACAUUCCGCCAUCUAAGCCUCAACCCGUGCACAACAUACACGAGUUGUCACAUCAAUGGGACAGUAAGCACCUCAUGACUCCAUCGGAAUGUUCUACACCUCCAUCAUCUCGACCAAUUUCUACAACAAGUAGCCAUUCUAGUCAGUGCCGUUCUUCGUCUAAUCGAUCUAGUAUAGAACAAAAACAAGAACUUUACGAUAUUCCUGUAAGUGAUUUCCGCCAGUUUGGUAUUAGGUCUACCACAGAUCGAAAGUCGUCUCCACAUUCUUCGUUCAUAAAUAAUUCAAAUCAGUAUCUGGCCCACGCGGAAUCUCUUUAUAAUGCCCCUCCAAAUAACGCACCUGUGAAAUCAUCAAGCCAACACACUAGUCCAGAGGAAACAACGAAAUUCUACAUCCAAGGCCUGUAUGAUAUUCCACCUCAAGUUACUCGAGACCCAAACUCUUCUGCAAACAAGCACUCUGUUUCCAGUGACGAAAUACAACAUUUAUUGUCAAGCUGUAUUGUAGGAAAGGAGCUUCCUCUGGAACAUCAAGAUGCUGUUGAACUGUGUGCCAAAAGACACAAAGAAGUGCAUUCUACAAUCAAAACGUUAUUCGAAUGUCUUAAAAAUAAGCAAAACAACAGGGAGGUCCAUUCGUUUUGUCUGAAACUGAAAACAACAGUUUAUGAAUUCAUUGAACUUGCACUGGGUGCUUUAGCUAACUGCAUACAUUCUCCAGACAAAGGUUUAGCUACUAAGUUGUCCAAACUUCUGAAACCUCUGGUAGAAUCAAGCACGUACAUAAGAAGCAUAACCAACUUGGAAUGCUACAGUCCUGAAGAACUCGAGAAGAUAGUUGAUUGCGCCCGUAGUUUAACAGAAGACGUGAAGCUUGUCGCUUACUUUAUCUGCGGUAACUCCUCUUUAAUAUUCAAAAGAUCGAACACUGAAAGAACAGGAAAUGGCGACAUUUUAUCGAAUGAACCAAAAGAAGAUAAAAUUAAUUCUAGUAAUCCAAGCAACGUUGAUAAUAAGUCUUUGCUUGACGGAUUUCUUACAAGCGGACAUUCGACAGACGGAAUUGUUGAAGAUAGGAAGUCGGACCAAGAAUGGUUAAACCAAUAUGAUUAUGUUGGUAUUCAGUCAGGAGUCGUGAUCAAAAAAGAAAAUAAGGAUAUUAAAGAUGAUGUACCAAAAGAAAUGCAUGAUAUAUGUAGAAACCAAGUAUCCAAACACAUAGAAACUGAAAGAAAUCUUCAAUUUGAAGUCAAUGAGUUAGAUCGAAAUGACUAUAUGUUGUUAGGGUUUUACAAACACCAAAUCGACGAAGAAAUUGUUAAUCUUACAAACCUGAUUGGCGUCCUUUUAGCCAAAAUAAGAAGUAAGCAGCCACCAAAGAUUUUCAUUGGAUAUUGUAAGUUUGUGAUUAUUAGCGCAAGUAAGUUAAUUUAUAUCGGGGAUACGAUUUCUAUAAACGUGUAUGACGAAGACAUCAAAACCAGCGUUAUUCAGAAAUCCAACGGGCUUUCAGAUGCCAUAAAAAAUCUCGUAGCAGACGCCAAAAAAGCAGCGUCAUUGUUUCCCUCUGCUUUCGCUAAUCAUGAAAUGAUAACCAGUAUUUGUGACGUGUCGCAUAAGGCUAGCGACCUCAAAGUAGCUAUUGGAAAACACCUAUGAAUAAUUCUACUAGAACCCCUCAGACAUCUUCUUUUCUCUCUCUCUCUCUGAAAGUUCUUGCUCUCGAACGACAGUAUAAGGCAAAUGUUAACUAGUACUUUUUUCUAGUUGUCUUUUUACAUUUACAUACAUACAUAUUUUAAUUUUGAAAUCUUAAUUUCAUUUCUUAUGAUCGAUUAGUUAUAUUUUUUAUCAACAGGGGACACCUAACAUUUAUAGCUAUCUUUGUUAGGGUUAUAAGUAAUACUGAAUAAGAAACGUUCGUAAAGGGUAUUUUUUAAACAUUGAUUACAAUAAUAUAUUCAAAUAUUACUUUUAGCAACUUUAUCAAAACUUUGACAUUAUAGGUAUUUUUCUUGUUUCAGUAAGAAGUUUUAUAUAGAAAAAUGGUAAUCGCCCGGACUAAUUAUUUACAGUCUAAUACAUCGAUAUGGAAACGUUAGUCUUUAUAAAAUAAAGUCAUUUGAUAUCAUUAUUUCCUAAUACUAAUAUAUAGAGCAUAGUUAUUCACAAUUUGAAUGUCAACGCAACUGAUCGAUGUGCAUUACGACAAUAAUUGUUAUGAUGUGUACGCCUUUAACAGCUGGCGAAGUAUUAUUAUAAUUAAUUAUACUUCUAAUAAGACAUUAUUAUUAGGCCUAAUAUAUUUUAACUGCAUUUUUUAUCUAGUCCCUUAUAGAUUUUCAAGAAUGAGAAGAGUGUAUAAUAAUAAUAGUAUUCCAACCACACUAUAUUUGCUAUAUCCAUUGCCGACGACGCGUUUCACUCAAUCUAGCACUCAUCAGGCUGGCUGUGACACAAUAAACGCAGUAGCGGUCGGUACACUAUUUAUAUAACUCAUUUGUCUAUAGGGGUUUAGAUAAAGAAUGUAGUGUUAAAAAUAUAAUAGGCCUAAUAUUAAUGUCCAAUGACAAGUAUAAUUGUAAUCAUUCUUCGUCAGCUUGUAAAAAAGCGUUCACACCAUAACAAUUGUUGUUGCAACAAAUGGUAUAUUUAAAUAGAAUUCCGACCACUAAUGCCUUUGUUGUGUCCCAGUCAGCCUGAUGAGUUCUGGAUUAAACAAAACGCGUUGUCGGCAAUGGAUAUGGUGAAUAUAGUUUGGUUGAACUAAUUAUUAUACACUUUUCUAAUUAUUGAAAAUUCCUGAUGGACUAGAUAGAGAAUGUAGUGUUCAAAAUAUAAUAGGCCUAAUACCAAUGUCUGAUAACAAGUAUAAUUAAUUAUAAGGUACAUUACGAUCGAGAGAGGUAUUUUGCACCAUUUUGUAAGUAGACCUAAAUUACAGUAUAAUUCGAAAACCGCUAGAUAUAAAUAACUAUAAACUUCAGAUAAUUGAAAAACGUAAAGAACAGAAUGUAUGAAUUAUAAUGGUCACUUGUAACUCCGAUUAGCGUAUUAAAUUUCUAACUAUCAAGAUUUUUACAAUUUCUUUCUUAGAACCCAGAUGGAAUAAAUACUUUGUGUAUAUAUUUGGUUAUAAGUUUAUAAAUAUGAUUAUCUUUGAUUUAAAAAUUAAAGUUUGUUUAUGGAUUUAGUUUAAAAGUCUUUUAUACGUGUGUUUUUAAAUAUUGCCCCCUUUAAAAUCAGAGUUCGAUCCUCGCGGAUGGUAGAAAGUAGAUACAGAUUGAGUGGCUUUGUGGUUAAAGUACAACAAACAAAAGAAUACUUAAUAGCUGUUGAUUUUGAAACAAUGACAGUGAUUGGUUAUUAAAAAAAAAACAGGAAAAAUAACAAGGACAGUGAUUGGUUAUUAAAAAAAAAAACAGGAAAAAUACCUUAAUAUCGUUAUUAUAGUAAUCAUUAGCCUUAUUCCUUUAA